UUGGUCAUGGUUAUCAUAAUUCUGUUGACGCUGACAUACACGGAAUGUUUAGAGAAAUUCGGAAAACAAAUUAGCUUGUCGACGUCCACCUAUAGCUACAAGAGAUGGUAUGAUGAGAAUCGGCAACAUAGCUCUGAGCUCAACAACGGACUUAACGAAGAAUAUCACGUUCACUUGCGAAGGAGCUUGGAAAAUGGUAAUGCGACGACUUUGAAUCGGACAUUUCUUGCUCAACUGGCGGAAGAACGUGUGAAGUUCUUCGAGAACCUGAAUGCUGGCGCAUUCAUGAAUGAUCAACGUCGACUGGUGGACGAUCUGCUAGACGAGAGUUACUAUGAAAAACACGUCCAUCCUCGGCCAACUCAGAUCAACGUCAGCAUGAGUCUUUAUCAAAUCCUCGACGUGGUUGUUGAAUUCCACUGUAUUUAUAAUAGUAAUAGUGACUCGACAAUUCAGAAUUGGUAUGAUGAAUUUCUUGACUGGGAUCCCAGAGAGUACGGAAUGCUGAACAAAACGAUAGUACCCUAUGAUCAGAUUUGGAUUCCGGAUACCUACUUAUAUAACAGUGAAGCGCUGGAACGAAAGAAAACUGAAUCGAUAAUGAAUGCGAUAGUGGAGACGGGAUUUUGGUCGAACAACAGCCUUGGGGCCAGAGUUCAGCUUAUGUUUCCGGCUAUUUAUAAGUUGUCUUGCGCCAUGAACGUUCAAUGGUUCCCGUACGACUCGCAGAAUUGUACAUUCAUCAUUUCGAGUUGGACUCAUGAUAAGGCUACGAUCGACUACUGGGCCGAGCAUCCAACUGUGAAUUUGAAGAAUAUGGCCCGAAACGAUGAAUGGGAAGUGCUCGGAUUUGAGUUUGAACGCAUUGAGCAAAUCUUCAAAUGCUGUGCAAAUCCGUGGGUACUGCUCUACGCACACUUGGUGAUUCGGAGGAAGCCGCUUUACUAUGUUAUCAACCUUGUAAUCCCUACGUCGAUCAUCACAAUCGUGGCUAUCACUGGUUUCUUCACACCCACCUCGACCUCCAGUGAACGCGAUGAAAAAUUGUACCUUGGUAUCAACACACUUCUCACGAUGUCGAUUAUGAUGCUUAUGGUUUGCAAUCAGAUGCCGUCCACUUCGUCGUAUGUACCACUGAUGAGUUGGUACUACCUUGGAAUCAUCAUCGUCAUUGUGCUCGGAACUCUACUGGCUACGAUAGUUUUAGCGAUUCACGGUCAAAAGCGUCACAAUCGACCGUUGUCACGAUGGGCACGUGGUCUCGUGCUUAACCGUUUCGUUGAGACGUUCAUACUGAGACCACCGUGUGCACUCGUCGACUUGUGGAGCGAAUACGGUAUCGUCGAAGAACGUCGUCUGUCGAUGUCGAAGCUUGACCCACUUCUCGUGCAGCAACUUGAUCCUAUCUCGCUCAUGCCUCCUCGACCUCGAGCAUUUUUCGGCUCCAUUUCGUCAGAUAUGUCGGAAACAUCGUCCUACUCCUAUACAACAAGGCUUGCGACUCUCACCCGACAGUACACCACUCAAGUACAAGAAAAAGAACGGCGGUCGUUCCUCCUCAAGCAGUCUCAUCAUGCACGGAGUGUGAAGCGGCAGAAAAUGAGCAGGAGGUGUGCUCUCGAAUGGGAGUACCUAGCGAAUGUGAUCGAUCGUGUACUGUUAACGAUGUUCUUCAUAGUGACUAUGUCGCUUUUCUUGCUUCUGGUUGCUUUUGACUAUCUCUUUACCGUACACAAUCACGUCCAGUAG